CUAAAUCUUUUUACAAACCCCAAAAUUUUGAAGGAGUACAUCUUCCGCAGCACAGAGCUUUCAUCUUCCGCAAAUCUUAACUCCACGUCUCCCUUUCCACACCUCAUCCGCCGUCGCCGCCGGUGCCCUUCAUCGUCUACUCCGCCGCCAGGAAAUUUCCAGGUGCAUUGACUUCUAGUUCCAGUACAAUGGCAACAGGCUUCUCUUUUUCCACCCCUUCUUCAUCUCCCUCACCCUUCUCCUUCACUUCAAACUCUAGUGCUACUACUUUUACAUCCUCUUCCUCCCCAUUUGGGGUUCCGUCUUCAACCCCUAGCUUUGGUACUCCAACCAACUCCUCUCUUGGUGGCACCUCAUUUUCUUUUGGUUCUUCUGCCCCUCCAUUUUCUUUCGGUUCUUCCGCCCCCACAACUUCAUCUGCUUCUACAGGUGCUACUUUGACAUUUGGAUCUGGUACUGCAACUACUUCAACUUUAUUUGGAGCUACUUUGGGUUCUUCUGGAGCAUCAACAAAUUUAUUUGGAUCUGCUUCUACCAGCCAAACUGCAACCUCCUUCAGUUCCCCAAUGUUUGGAUCAACGUCGUCUUUUGCCAAAUCUAAUCUUUUUGGGCCUUCCUCAGGUUCAUCAGGUAUCUUUAGUACAAGUUUGAACUUUGUAUCAUCCGGAUCAUUAACCUCAGGUUCAGCGCCUGGUACUACAUCACCAGUUGCGCAAGCUGCAUCUUUUGGAGCACCAUCGGCUUCGUCAACCCCUGCAUUUUCAUUACUUUCUGCAUCAAGCUCAGCUUCUUCCACAUCUGGUUUUCUGUUUCCCACUGCACCAACAGGAAGUUCUGCAGCAUCUUCCGUCUCAUUGUCGCUGCCCAGUGUUUCAACAUCAAACAUUAUGUCUUCAGCAUCAACAUCUCCAUUUUCCAAUGCAGCAAUCCCAACUUUUGGAUCUUCUGCGCCAUCGUUUUCUGUCUCAUCAGCUCCUUUCGCAAGUUCAGCAUCGUCGGCACCAGCAUUUUCUUUGCCCAACACCUCUGGUGUGACGUCAACACCUUCUCUUUCGGCAUUUUCCUUAUCCAGUGCUUCAUCAUUGAGUACAACAUCUUCUACACCUAUAUUUUCAUCUCUCACUACAUCCGGUUCAAGUUCCACAGUAUCUUCUGCAUCUGUUGCUUCAUCACCCUUUCCAACAAAAGGACCAACAUUUUCAUUUUCACAAGGGACUGGAAAUGCUUCAGCCACUUCAGUUCCUUCAGUCACAACUCCGAGCUUGUUAUCAUCAUCUUCAGGCACACCUAUGCUUUCUGGGAAUUCAUCUAGUUUUCAACCAUCCACAUCAGUGCCAGCUACCUUGAAUGGCAUAUUUUCAAAGCCUGCUGAAUUAGGCCCAACAACUGUUUCAUCACCUCAAUUUUCAACAUUUGUUGCAACAACCAGUGCUUCAAUUGUGGCUGGUAGUCUAGCAUCUUCUGCUCCUUCUAGCACAAUCACCACUGGUUCGUCUUUUACGUUUCCUGCCGUCGCCCCUUCUUCUAACACAACUACUACUGCAUCAGCAAUUUCUGGGUCUAGUAACGCCAGUACUUCUGCAUUUUCUGUCCCUGGUGCAACUGCAUCAGCUAUUUCUGGCUCUAGUAACACCAGUACUUCUGCAUUUUCUGUCCCUGGUACAACUGCAUCAGCUAUUUCUGGGUCUAGUAACACCAGUACUACUACAUUUUCUGUCCCCACAUCUUUUUCAAUGUCUUCAAAAACAACAUCAACUGCUCCAGCGUCACAACCGCUGGCGACAACUUCAUUACCAACACUUGGUCCAACCAUUUCUAGCUCCAGUGGUCCAACUUCAGUUUCCAGCUCUGCUGCUCAAACAUCAUCUAUUGUGACAGCAACUAGCAGUGGGACUACACAGAGUACAGGCACUACUGUAUCAGGAACAUCACCAAAACUGCCAUCCGAAAUUACAGGAAAAACUAUAGAAGAGAUCAUCAAGGAAUGGAAUGCAGAGCUGCAAGAACGUACAAAACAUUUCCAAAAGCAGGCCAAUGCAAUAGCUGGAUGGGACAGGAGGAUCUUACAAAACCGUGACAUCCUCCUGAAGCUUGAGAGUGAAGUUGCAAAGGUUGUUGAGACACAAUCUAGCCUAGAGCGACAACUGGAGUUAAUUGAGACGCAUCAAGAUGAGGUUGAGAAGGCAUUGCAGAGCUUGGAAGAAGAAGCCGAACGAAUAUAUAAGGAUGAUCGUGAAACACUUCUUGAUGAUGAGGCUGCAUAUACAAGAGAUGCAAUGUAUGAGCAGGCCGAAUUCGUAGAGAGAGAAAUGGAAAAGAUGAUGGAGCAGAUAAAAUCAAUCAUUCAUUCUCUUAAUGCAACCCAGGGCGGCGAACUAACCGAUGGCAUGAAUCCGCUUGAUGUUGCUGUCCGCAUUUUGAACAAUCAAUUGAGUUCACUGGUCUGGGUUGAUGAGAAGGCAGGGGAGCUCUCUUCUCGCAUACAGAAGCUUGCUAAGCAAGGCUCCAAUACAGAUCACGGACCCCGGUUUUUGUUUGCCAAAUGAACCGCGUAGACGUUUUGUUGCCAGCAAUUUGAGUCGUUUUAGUGGUUGGCUGCUCGUUCUCGGCUUCUCGCCCCAAAUUUCAUCGGUUUUUUUCUUUUGAACCAAACAUCGAACUGUCACGUAUCAACAAUCAAACCAGUGGUGUGGGAGGAAGGUCGAACGGUUGGCAUUUGAUUUAUAUCAAAUGCUUAGGGUUCAUCUGAGCCUAAUGAUUUGGACAUAGUACUGUAUUUGAGCCGGGGGGAUCUCUUGGAAACGAUUUCUCUACCUUGAAUUUUUGCUACUUUCGAUUCAAGUAAGAGGAAGGUUUCAUGUUUGUGUGUGCAUGUGUCUAUGUAUAUACUUUUUCUGUCCUAAGUGUUUGUCGAGUUUUAACUUUUUUGAAAUCAAUUAAAAUCGAUCUUAGACUUAUAAUUAAAUACCUUAAUGCCCU